AUGACUACCAACGGUGACAAAUACUGUUAUCUUUCCGAAUUCAAAUGGCUGCAAAAAUUUGGGCCAUCGUACUCGGUCAAAGCAGAAAAUAUCACAGCGUUAAAAAGCCCCUCGGAGUUCUAUCGCACACUUUUAGACCGAUGUCGUACAGCAAAACAACGCAUUGUAAUAGCUUCUUUAUACCUCGGCAUUGGAAAUCUGGAACAAGAACUUGUAAACACCAUAAAAGAUGCUAUGGAUAAUAGGCGAAAGUUAAGCGUGAGGGUUUUGUUAGACGCUAAUCGUGGGUCAAGAGGUAAAGUAAGUUCGCGUACCAUGUUGAUGCCCAUAUUGAAUCCAUCAUUCGAUUGUCGUGUUUAUUUGUACCAUACCCCAAAAUUGAGAGGUCUUCUCCGGUGGCUGUUACCUGAAAGAUAUAAUGAAUUAAUAGGAAUACAGCAUAUGAAACUAUAUAUGUUUGAUGACUCUAUAAUUAUCUGCGGAGCAAAUUUAAGUCAAGACUAUUUUACUAACCGACAAGACAGAUAUAUUCUCAUUGAAGACUGCAAGCCAUUAGUAGAUUUUUAUAUAGGAUUAGUUGAAUUAUUAGGCCGUAUGUCAUUUCAGCUGACAAGUAAAAACACUUUAACUUUGGAUCCUACUUGGAAACAUCAUCCAUAUAAGAGUCCUUAUCAAACGUAUGCUUCAGAGGCUAGAAAACAGUUAAUGCAAUAUUAUAAUACACACAUCAAACAUCCAACUUCUGAAAAAGAUACGGACACAAUAGUUUAUCCUUUAAUUGAAUUUCCUCCAUUUGACAUACACCAUGACAGUCAAACAACUAAUCUUCUUAUGUGUAAUGCUGAACCGGGAUCUACAAUGCACAUGGCCACCGGAUACUUCAAUAUACCAGAUAUUUACACAAAUACAAUGUUCCAAAAAUCAUUGGCUAACUUCAAAAUAUUGUUUUCCCAUCCAAUGGCCAAUUCAUUUCAACAAGCUAAAGGACCUGCUGGAUUUAUACCUACUGCCUACAGUUAUCUCACAAAUACUUUUUUUGGUGAAAUUGAAAAACUCAAACUUCAUAAACGUAUUUCUUGUUUUGAAUACCAAAGAACUGGAUGGACUUUUCAUUCCAAGGGUUUGUGGUACACUCCAAACAAUUAUGAAUUGCCUGUACUCACAGCUGUUGGCUCUUCGAAUUAUGGAGCCAGAUCAUUGAAUUGUGAUUUAGAAUCGCAAUUGAUAAUAGUAACAAAUAAUAAAAAAUUGCAGAAAAACUUUCAUUCAGAGAAAAGUGAUAUUUUUAAAUCAACAUCAUUAUAUAUUCCAGAAGGUGAAUUUCAAGCACCUCUUUGGGUACGAUUUGUUUUAAGAAUGUUUAAAAAUUAUUUUUAA